AUGCCCGAAGAAUUACGAAACCAAAUGGAAGAAAUUAAAUUAGUAUUGGAAAGAGCCAAUAUUACUUAUAUUCAAUUGGUAGACUGCGAAGCGGAUGAUUUAAUUACCUCUUUUGUCAGGCAAAACAAAAAAACUGAUGCUAAUUUAAUUUUUGAUAUUUUUACGCGGGAUAAAGAUUUACUUCAAUUACUAGAUGAAAAAACUAAUAUUUUGAAGUAUGUUAAUGGAAAAAUAACUCUUUACGCUAAGGAAGAUUUUCAACAAGAAUAUAACUUUCCCGCUCCCAAUUUUGCUGAUUAUUUAAGUUUAUUAGGAGACAACGUUGAUAAUGUUAAAGGGGUGAGAGGAAUUGGAACAGUGGGUGCUAAAAACUUAAUUCGACAGUUUCAGACAGUUGAAAAUAUUUAUCAGCAAAAAAAUAAUUUGCCGGAAAAUAGUCGCAAACUACUAGAAAAUUGCCAAGAGGAGGUUUAUCUUAAUAAAAAAAUUGUUGGUUUGGAAGACAAUAUUUCUUUACCGACCAAACUCUAUGAAAAAUGUGAUUUUAACUGA